GCUCAGCUUCUUUCCCUUGUCAUAUCGUGGAAAGAUGGCUCGUAAGAUAAAAACUAUUAUAUUAUCUUUAGAGGUUGCAUAUGAAGAAUUCUCAGGUAUCCGGGCUACUAGAGUGGAUUUGAUGAGCAGGCCUACUCAGCUGGAAGAAACACGCUCCAUGGCUUCCUUUCUGGGUGACCAAGCAAUUGUACGAAGGGAGAAUGAUAUAUCUGUGUUGACCAGCAUGUUGAAGUUGACGGACAAGCCUACGUCGACGGACAAGCCUGUAGACGACUCAGAGGUCAUUAGCAUAGUGGGAAUGGGUGGUGUUGGUAAGACGACCCUUGCUAGGCUACUGUACAAUAGUCAAGCGGUAGCUUCUUACUUUGACAACAGAAUAUGGGUACACGUAUCUGAGAAAUUUGAAGUGAACAGAAUCUUGAAUGACAUACUGCAAUCUCUAGGGAAAACCCACGUUGAGACAACUAGUAAAGAAUCAUCGGUGUCGAGGCUUCGAGAAAUCAUUCACUGGAGAAGAUGUUUCCUUGUGCUCGAUGAUGUCUGGACCGAUAGUGAAGAAAAAUUGUAUGAAUUGAAGAGUUGUUUGCUAUAUGCAAUGUCUGGUGGAGGGAGCAAGAUACUGAUAACUACACGCAGUCAUAGAGUUGCUGCAAUGAUGCGAACAUCUCAUGUUUGUCCCUACGUGCUACAGCCUCUCCCAGAGGACCUCAGCUGGGAGUUGUUUGAGAAAAUAGCAUUUAGACAUGGGAGUGCAGGAAAGUAUCCGGAAUUGGUAGACAGUGGUCGAAGGAUAGUUAAAAAGUGUGGGGGUCUUCCAUUAGCUAUAACAAAAAUAGCCAUAGCGAUGUAUUUCCAGAAAGAUCAAUCUGAGUGGUCCAGGAUUGAAGAAAGUGAAAUUUGGAAUUUUCGAUCUGCAGGUCACCCUAAUGGGAACGGUAGUUGGUAUAAAAAUGGAGUCCUUUCUGUAUUGCUGCUCAGUUAUUAUAAUUUACCAUCACCGUGGUUGAAAAAAUGUUUUGCAUGCUGUUCCAUUUUUCCUAAGGACACCCUCAUAGAAAAGGAGAAGCUGAAACAAAUUUGGAUGGCACUAGGACUCAUUAGUUCUCCUAACGAAAAAAAUUUGACAUUGGAGGACAUUGGAAGCAGCUAUAUCAAUAUAUUGCUACAGAGUUCUCUGUUGCAAGAUACUCGAGAGGAUGACAAUUAUAAUAUCACACAUUGUGGGAUGCAUAAUAUUGUGCAUGACCUUUCGUUAAAUGUGUCACAUAAUUUUUCCUCUGUUUUCGAUGGGCUCGAAAGUAAUUCUACAGCGGACAUGAGUAUAAAUGAUGAUGCUGAGGCUGUACAUUUGUCGUUUAAUAAUUCAGCUACAUGGACGAUAUGCAAGAUUCCUGAUCGACGUCUCAACAAUUUGCGAACAUUUUGUGUUGUAGGGGGCUGUGUAGACCUUGAAGAUGUCUUCACAAACUUCACAGGUCUUCGUGUCUUGAUAGUUGAAGACCAGGCUGUCAAGAACUUACCGAAGACUGUUGAUAGAUUGAAACAUCUAAGGUAUCUUGACAUCUCAAGAACCAGAAUCAGAUUUCUGCCGCGGUCCUUUACAAAGCUCUACAAUUUGCAGACAUUAAGGGUCUUUGAUCUGGUAAUGCUUCCAGAGGGGUUCGGCAAACUCAUUAACUUGAGGCACUUUUACAUUCAGCAAUAUCGUCGUAGUCCUCCACAGAAUCUUUUGCUUCCAAGGAUAGGGCAUUUGCCUAAUCUUCAAACAUUGCCUUUCUUUUCUGUGAGCCAAGAAAAGGGAUGUCAAAUUGAAGAGUUGGAAUACUUGGACAAUCUUGGAGGUAAAUUAACAAUCUAUGGCCUUGAAAACGUGAACAGCUAUGAAUCUGCUUUGAAGGCAAAUUUGUCAAGGAAGUUUCGAGUUCAAAGUUUGGAACUCUACUGGGAAGGUCCAAACGAGAAUAGCAAUGAUAAAGAUGUGCUCGAGGGUCUCAAACCUCAUAGCAAUUUGAGAAGUCUAAAGUUUGUUGGUUUCCAAGGGUCAAGAUUCCCUCAGUGGAUGGUUGGACAAAAUCUACUUUCAUUGCAUAAUCUAGUGCAGCUUCAAUUGGAGCAUUUGGAUGAGCUUGAAGAACUCCCUCCAACCAAGAGGUUCCCUAAUCUAGAGAAACUGCGUCUGCAUUGGCUUCCAAAGUUGGAAAGUGUACCAGAGGAUACGAGCAAUCUUACCUGUCUUCGGAGAUUGGAAAUUUCUUGUUGCCAUAGUUUGACAUGUUUACCAAAUCUGAAUAGCCUUACAACUCUUCAGGCACUGGAGAUGAUCGGAUGCCCUAAUUUGACCCAUCUAUGGGAGGAUUCCACAUGGCAAGAUGGCAUUCUAUCUCUUGAGAAUCUAUGCAUAAGCAAUUGCCCCAAUCUUGAAGCUAUUCCAGCCAUUCAGAAACUCCAAUCCCUGCGUAAACUGCAAAUUGAAAGUUGCGAGUCGUUGAAUUUAUCGUUAAAAAAUGUUGGGAAAUUUCUACCCCUCGAGUUCCUAGACAUUUAUUCCGACCCUGCCACAUGGCCACAGGACAUCUAUGAAUUGACAAGCCUCACGACCUUGCAUCUUGGUGGCUUCUCCGAGAACAUUGAUUAUUUUCCUUGGCCCGACACCUUCUCGGGGUCUGUUGAUGGAAUAAAAAAACAUUAUUGUGCCUCUUUAAGGUCCCUUCAGUUGUACGGGUGGCCAAUGAUCAAAUCUCUGCCAGAGCAAAUGCAGUACCUCUCCAAGUUGACUAAUUUAACAAUAAUCAGGUUUGAUGGGUUGGAGGCUCUUCCAGAGUGGCUGGGGAAAUUACAAUCUCUCCAAACGUUGGAGCUUUUUGCAUGCAAGAACCUGAAGUACUUACCUUCAACAGCGAUGGAAUGUCUUGCAGAUUUACACACUUUGAGAAUCAAUAGAUGUCCCCUUUUGAAGGAGAGAUGCACCAGAGGAACUGGCGAAGAGUGGCCCAAGAUAGCCCAUAUUCCUAAUAUUUAUCUCUAGACUUCUUCAUAUCCAACCAUGAUAUACAGAGGAGUAGAUUAUUUGAAACGGAUAGCCUUGCUGAUGAUACCAAGGGAAGAGCGGUUGUUCAGUCCAAGAGUUUUUUUUGGAGGGGAUAUUUUCCUGUUUCUGAUUGGGGUCAAAGAUCUACAAUUAGAAUUAUGGAAAUCUGAUUUUGUUCCAGUUAAUUCUGCUUUUCCUAGGUCCAGGACUUACCAGGCUGAACCCUCAUCAUUCAGAGGUUACCACACCAGGAUUAGUGCUCCUUUGAAUAUGAUAAAAUUUUUGUCUUCCAAAAAAUGAAUGCAACAAUUUGUUGUUUUGACUACACUGUUUGUCAAACUGUUACUGUUCCUUCUACUGCCAUCUCAUUAUUGAACCUGGGAAUCUUUUGCUGGUCCUUUGAGCUUGAUUUUGUUUGUUUUAAGCAUUUAUAUAUUCUCAUGAAUGCCUUGGGAUGAAUCUCA